AUGCCCCUUAUCAAGCCUUCUGCUGUCCUCCUUUCCCUUGUCUGCGCAGCCUCGUCAAUUUUGGGUAUUUUUUCCGCGAAUCCAAUCGUGGGCGGCCCCAGCGCCGAACCUGCCUCAUACACGCUCGAAGCGGUCCAUCAGUUCCUUAAUUUCAUAUGGCUUGAGAAUCUUUCAAUCCCCUCUACCGGUGAAAUCGUCGCGACUGAUAUUUCCAACGGCGUCAUCUACCUCGUCUACCCAGCGGAGAAUCCUACCCCUGCCUCAGCCAUCGCGCAACUUCCUCCUGGCACCUGCUUGACUGGCAUCGCGGAGCUCCGUCCCGAUGUUUUCUACGUCCAGUCCGUCGACGGCUUUGUGUACAAUUUCACUUUUACACCGGGUUCCGCGACGCUGUGGGAGGUCGAUCUACGCGAUUCAGCUCGUGGUGCCGUCGUGACCAAAGUUCUGAGCAUGCCCGAGAACAAGGUCCCGAACGGCCUGUGA